AUGGUAUUUAGUAAGUUAUUCAACAAUUUACAAGAAAAAGAACAAGGAAAUAUCUGUAAAAAUAUAACAUAUACACAAACAGAUAGAAAAUCAUAUGGAAAUAUAAUACCAUCAGAAGUUAAAUCGCUUGAAGGUAAUUGUUUUGAAUAUUGUAAUGAAUUAACAACAAUUAAUAUACCAUCAUCAAUUAGUAAAUUAGGAUAUAAAUGUUUUAAAGAAUGUUAUUCAUUAAAAUCAAUUAAUAUACCAUCAUCAAUUAUAUCAAUCGGAGGUGAUUGUUUUUAUGAAUGUUUAUCAUUAAAAUCAAUUAAUAUAGAUAAUCUACAAUUUAUUAGUGAAGAUAGAAUAUUUAUGAAUGAACCAGUGUUAGUUAGUAUUAAAAUACCAGAUAAUCUACAAAUAAUCAAUGGAAAGAAUAUUUGCAAGAAAGAUAUUAAUGAAUUUAUUAUUCCAUCUUCAAUCACUAAAUUAGGUGAUUGGUGUUUUGAUGAAUGUUCAUCAUUAAAAUCAAUUAAUAUACCAUCAUCAAUUAGUGAAAUAGGAGAUUGUUGUUUUUAUAGAUGUUCAUUAUUAAAAUCAAUUAAUAUAUCAUCAUCAAUUAUAUCAUUUGGAGUGGAUGUUUUUAUCUAUGUGGAUGUGAAAAAGAAUUAA